GGAAGUGCGGGCGCCGGAACAGGCCUACGGCUGAGUUGCGACGCUCCCGCGAGAGGACCUACGGAACGAACCUGCAGCCUGCAGCGCGGGGCCCUCGCCCGCACGUCGCGUUCCAGCCGAGCCAGACGCGCCGUCAUGAGGCCAGCGCGGCGGCGUUCCGCACAGCACUAUAAGAUUGAUACUAAAGACAUGGUUUUCACCCCUCUUCAUCAACGCACAUAAGUUAUCUCCUCUUUUUGGACCCCUAUUUUAUACCACAAUGCAACAAGCUUUAGAACUAGCUUUGGAUCGUGCUGAGUAUGUCAUUGAAAGUGCCCGACAGCGACCUCCGAAAAGGAAAUACCUGUCUAGUGGAAGAAAAUCUGUAUUUCAAAAACUUUAUGACUUAUAUAUUGAAGAAUGUGAAAAAGAGCCUGAAGUUAAGCAGAAAUUAAGAAGAAAUGUGAAUUUGUUAGAGAAGCUUGUUAUGCAAGAGACAUUGUCCUGUUUAGUGGUCAACCUAUACCCAGGAAAUGAGGGAUAUUCUCUGAUGCUCAGGGGAAAAAAUGGAUCAGAUUCUGAGACCAUUCGACUGCCUUAUGAAGAAGGAGAAUUGCUUGAAUACUUGGAUGCAGAAGAAUUACCUCCUAUUUUGGUUGAUCUCCUAGAAAAAUCUCAGGUUAAUAUUUUUCAUUGUGGAUGUGUCAUAGCAGAAAUACGUGACUACAGGCAGUCCAGUAAUAUGAAGUCUCCUGGUUACCAAAGUAGGCAUAUUCUCUUACGACCAACAAUGCAGACUUUGAUCUGUGAUGUACAUUCAAUAACAAGCGAUAACCACAAAUGGACCCAGGAAGAUAAACUUUUGCUUGAGAGCCAACUGAUCCUAGCUACAGCAGAACCAUUGUGUCUUGAUCCUUCUAUAGCAGUAACCUGCACUGCAAACAGACUGCUUUAUAAUAAGCAAAAGAUGAACACGCGCCCAAUGAAACGGUGUUUCAAGAGGUAUUCCAGGUCUUCUCUGAACCGGCAACAGGAUCUGUCUCAUUGUCCACCUCCUCCACAGCUAAAAUUACUUGAUUUCUUACAAAAAAGGAAGGAAAGAAAAGCAGGUCAACAUUAUGACCUCAAGAUAUCCAAAGCAGGAAAUUGUGUAGAUAUGUGGAAGCGGAGUCCCUGUAAUUUGGCCAUACCUUCUGAAGUGGAUGUGGAGAAAUACGCUAAAGUGGAAAAGUCCAUCAAAUCUGAUGACUCACAACCAACAGUCUGGCCAGCCCAUGAUGUAAAAGAUGAUUAUGUAUUUGAAUGUGAAGCUGGUAAUCAGUAUCAGAAAACAAAGCUGACCAUUUUGCAGUCACUUGGUGAUCCACUUUACUAUGGUAAAAUACAGCCAUGUAAAGAAGAUGAAGAAAAUGACAGCCAGGUGUCUCCAUCCCACUCCUCCACAGAUGAUCAUUCAAAUUGGUUUAUUAUUGGAUCAAAGACUGAUGCUGAGAGGGUAGUCAAUCAAUACCAGGAAUUGGUCCAGAAUGAAGCCAAAUGCCCAGUCAAAAUGUCACACAGCUCCAGUGGCUCAGCCAGCUUGAGUCAGCUUUCUCCAGGGAAAGAAACAGAACAGCCCGAGACUGUGUCAGUUCAGUCAUCAGUAUUGGGAAAGGGAGUAAAACAUCGACCUCCACCCAUCAAACUUCCCUCAAGCUCAGGAAGUAGUUCUUCAGGUAACUAUUUUACACCACAGCAGGCCAGCAGCUUUCUUAAAUCUCCAACUCCUCCUCCUGCUUCCAAGCCACCAAGUCUUUCUCGGAAGUCAUCUGUGGAUCUCAAUCAAGUUAGCAUGCUUUCUCCAGCUGCCCUGUCACCUGCCAGCUCAUCACAAAGAUCUGGAACUCCUAAGCCAUCUACUCCUACACCAACCCCUUCAUCGACCCCACACCCUCCUGAUGCUCAGAGCUCAACUCCUAUUACCCCUUCAGCCACCCUUACUCCCCAAGAUUCAGGCUUCACCCCUCAGCCCACUUUGUUAACUCAGUUUGCUCAGCAGCAAAGGUCUCUGAGCCAGGCAAUGCCUGUAACGACCAUUCCUCUUUCCACCAUGGUAACAUCCAUAACUACAGGAACCACGGCCACCCAGGUCAUGGCAAACUCUGCUGGACUUAACUUCAUCAAUGUAGUGGGCUCUGUUUGUGGAGCUCAGGCUUUGAUGAGUGGUUCAAACCCUAUGCUGGGCUGUAACACUGGUGCCAUAACUCCUGCAGGAAUAAACCUGAGUGGCCUUCUACCCUCAGGCGGUCUGCUACCAAAUGCAUUGCCCGGUGCAAUGCAGGCAGCUUCUCAAGCAGCAUUGUGUCGCAGGUAUUACAUUUAAAAAGCCCUGGAAGUCCUGAUAUUUAAAUUAAAAACCAUUUAGCAAUUCAAUGAAGAAACUUGGUAAGUUUCUGCAACUUAUGUCUGCCUUCCAAACAUAAUAAAUUAAUUUUGAUAACCUUAUUGUCAGGGUAGUCCUCCUUUUCCAAGUAAAAGAAAUACAUUUUGGAAACCUAGAUUGUAUGAGAAAGGCAACAUAGAAUGGCAAUAAAAAGCCUAGACUUUGGAGCCACACUGCCUAAGUUUGAAAUCGCAGUUGUGCAACUUACUGAAUAGUGUAAUCAUGGGAAAGUCACCUCACUUUUCUUGCCAAUAAAAUGGGGGAAAAUAAUGCUUUGCCUCAUAGUUGUGAAGGUUAAAUAAGUAAAUAUGAUGUACUUUAAAUUGCCUGAGACAUAAGCAUUCAAAAACAUUUGCCGUCUUCAUCAUAAACAGUGAUAGUUCCAGUGCAGUAGUAAUUACUAUUACAUGUACUGGAAAACAAUUCUAACAACUUACUCUAUUUUUUAAUGUUGUUUAAAAUAAUGUUUUGUAAUAUCUUGGAAUAAUCCAAUUUCUUACUGCUGAGAAAAAACUUAGGAGAAACAAACUUGACAUAGUAAGAAAAAUCUAUCAAAAAAUUUGAGUUAUGAGAAGUCAAACCCAAAGAGUAUAAUUUAAACAGGUAACAUAUUGCUGUGAUUUCGUAAUUCUAGCUGAUGAUCUCAUUUUAAUGUUCAUAAACGUUAAUGGCAGAAGCUCUGGAGAUGGAAUCAAGUGUUGAAUUUAGGAUGCUUAUAUUUACCAAUUAGUUAUAUGUGGCUCCAGAUGUUCACUGGGGGGCCUAAAAGAAGUCACUUAAUUUUUCUCCCUUGACCUCAGUUUCAUCUGUUCUAAAGUGGGAGUAAAAAUAUCUAACUUUAGAUGGUACUCAGGAGACAUUAAUGAAGUGAUUUGAAAGUGCCUUUGAUAAGCCAUGAGCAUUAGAUAGAUGUCAUUCAUUUUUAAAGGAAGUUAUGGGGGUGCCUGGGUGG